AGCAGCAGCAGCAGCAGCAGCAGAGCGGCGGCGGAGCGGAGAGUACCGGAGCGCCGAUCAGUGAGCUCUGGGGAGCGGCUUCACUGUCACCCCGAUCCCCGAGAAAAACACGCGACCUCUGGGUUGGAGACCACCGGACCGGACCGGACCGGACAGCGGGGACGGCGACGUCAUAUAUAUAUAUUUUUUGUGUGUUCAAAGGCAGACCGUGUUUUUUUGGCGGUCAGACAGACAGCAACAGUUGUCACGAUGUGUGAGAUCAGAUGAGGAGUGAACACUGCGGCGCUGCUGUGAUCCGGGCCGGGCCGGGUUAACGUGUUGCUGCCGGGCGGCCCGCCUGCUAUGAUCCAGCCCUGUUGAUCAGCUGCUGGACGGACAGCGAAGAGGAGUGUGUGUUGCUGUGUGUGCAUCUGUUUGUCAUUUCGGCGUCAUUCGGCUCGUCACCCCUCCUACCCCCCCGGUAGUGUGGAGGUUGUGUCUGCGGCUGUGAGGUGAAUCCAGACGGCAGGGUGGGCUCAUGUUCCGCUCAGCAGCGGACCGGGCUGUUGCGUCUGCGGAGAGUCAGAGCUGACGAUCCAGCUGAGGCACACGGACAAGACAGGACAGACAGAGACAGGCAGACAGGCCGAGAGACAGACAGGGAGCGAGGAGGGGAGGGGGGCGACAGGCUCUCUCGACCCGCUGCGGAUCGAGCCGAGCCCCCUCCUUGUUUUCCGCCCAGAACCGUCCCCCACCCCCGUCUGUGUCUCACUUUGGAUGGGGGGAAAGCAGAGCACGGCGGGGCGGCCCCGGGGGGCUUUUCCCGGCGUGUCUACCGAUGACAGCGCGGUGCCACCCUCGGCCCACUUCGGCCACUACCGGCCGAGCGGCACCAUGGGUCUGCGGAGCCGCUCGGUGAGCUCCGUGGCCGGGAUGGGCAUCGAGCACAGCCCCGCCGUGCCCUUCGGCUUCUACACCCCCAGAGGGACGGACUCGGACCGGGCUGGAGGGGGGUCGGGGGUCACUACCGCCCCCCCCCACCACGGUACCGGCUACCAGGACAGUGGGGGCGGCGGAGGGCACCACACGGACGGGGUGCUCUACCUGGGGUCCCGGGGGUCGCUGGCUGACACCUUACCCCUGCACAUCGCACCCCGCUGGUUCAGCGCGCACAGCGGGUUCAAGUGUCCUGUCUGCUCCAAGUCUGUGGCGUCCAAUGAAAUGGAAGUUCACUUCAUCAUGUGUCUAAGCAAGCCUCGCCUCUCCUACAAUGAUGAUGUGCUGGCGAGGGAUGCCGGUGAGUGUGUGAUCUGUCUAGAGGAACUGCAGCAAGGGGACACCAUAGCCAGACUGCCGUGCCUCUGCAUCUACCACAAAAGCUGUAUAGACUCGUGGUUUGAGAUCAAUCGGUCCUGCCCCGAACACCCCUCUGACUGACUGACCACCAGGCCUACUAUGAAUACGGUUCAAGGACAUCUUGUGGUCCUGCCAUGGAUAUCUGGACACAGACAACCAAAUCUGAUGAAACAAUCAAAGCGAUCAACACAUACUUAUCCUGACAGAAUCCACCAUCCUAACCAAGAUAAUUAUUCCUUGUGAACUGAACCCAAAAAAACGUGACCGUCAAAACCAUCGUACAUUAAAGGGGCCCCUCCCGAGCCCUGAGUUUCACAUCUGCUGAAGAGACUGCUUCCCUCCCCUCCCACUUCUCCAGGCUAACAGUCCCUUAAAGGGCUUCAUCUGCCUCAACUCCCCCUCCCCCCCCCCUCCAACUCAAGUGGCCAGUUGCCUCCAUGACAUGCUCAGGUCCUUGCAGGCCUCCAGCAGCUAGCCUUCCAUCUUGUGUCUGGAUCCAGGCCUGUCAGUCAUUAGUGUCCAGCCCUCCCAUGGCCUUAACUGGGGAGAGGAGAGGAAGCAGAGCAGGGAGGGGGUGGCAGGAGGGAAGACGAAGGAAACCAUACGAGCAAAGAAGGAAGACGACGAGGAAGAGGAGGAGGAGGAAACCAAUGAAUUGAGGAUUGUUGAGCGGCAGAAGCUUGCUUUGAGAUCAGACUUUUACAUCAUCCGGCGGGUCUCUCAUCGCACAACGGGACUCCCAACUUCGGUGACGUCCUCUCAUAACAGACUGGAUCCCAGUGUGCUUCUUUCUCAUAGUUCCUGCCUCAGUUUCUGCGCCCUUCCUCGCCAAUUUGACUCAUAGUAAUCGAAUCAAAGAGUCCCUUAAAAUGCUUCUUAGAUCUGGUUUGUGCACACCUGGGCAGGCAGGCAGGGACGGAUGGAGGGAUAAGAAACAAACAAACUGGGAUGUCAGCUUGUCUUGUAUGUAGACGAUGGAGGGAGGGGGGGUGGGGAAUCUAAAGAUGGACUGGGGGUGGAGAGGGAUUGGGAGGGAGGAAGGGGCCAGCAGUGUAGUUUACGCUCCUACUGUGUAACAUGUGUGUUUGGGAUGCUCCAGUGUCAGGCUUCACCUGGUAUGUGUAUGUACACUAUGUGUGUGAGUGUGUGUGAGUGUGUGUGAGUGUCUGAGCUUGGAACUGUGACAACAUAGCUUUUGCUGAAGCCUAGUGUGUGUGUGUGUGUGUGAGUGCGUGUGUGUUACAGCGUGAAAGGUCAGUGUAGAGGGCUGACUGGGACAGUGCUGUGUGUGUGUCUGUGUAUUGAAAUGUUUACAGUGUAGAUGUCCAUGUUCCCUGUGUGUGCGACUGGCAGUCCUCCCUUUACUUUGCUGAUGUUUACAGCUACAGAGAAGCGACAUGACAUUGUAAAUUACGCACCUAACCUCUCUCGGUUCUUUCUUUUUAGAUCUGCCAGAUUUUUCAUGUGAUCAUGAUUAGUCAUUUUCUCGUGAGAGUCGCGAGUGUGAGAGCGUGUGUGCGUCUCUCUGUGCAUAUGACUGUUUGUGCAUGUGUGUGUUUGAGUGUGUGUUUGAGUGUGUGUGUGUGUGUGUGUGUGUGUGAUUCUAAAGGCGCCUCUUGGUCUAUGCUACUGUCGGUUCCCCACAUUGUGUUUCUGCUAGAGUAGGUCUGGCUGACUGCGACUGGAGACGCGAGCCACUCAGACCCCGAAAAAGGACUCUGUAGCCCCGCUGUGGAUCCACUGGAUGGGGCUUAUUUAUUCAUUUGUUCAUAUUUAACAAUAUUUGUUUAAUAUUCCAAUUAUGUGAGGUGUUACCCACUCUUCAGAAUGCCAAGAGCUGAUGUAUGAAGACUUCUACAAAUCAACAUACAAACAAACUGCAUUUACAAAGCUACUGUAAACAAAUGGUGGAAUAAAUUGUGCUAGAUGACAGACUCUA